CGGACAAUUGUGAUGCGGUGCAGUUAUUGAUCGACCAAUGAGAAUGAUUUGGAUUUGUAAAUGGCGUCGUUUUGUAGUUCAUGUGUUGAUAUAAUCUGAAGUGUAUGAGUUGAGAAAUUUUGUUACGAUUGGCGUAAUUCGGAAGGUGUUGUUUCUUACUUUUGCAAUAUUAACAAUCGGACGAUUUUAUUUUGAAAUAUGGGUAACGUUAUGGCUGCAAGUCAAGCGCCAAGUGGUUUAUCGCCGCCGCCUUCCAUGCCUCCUCCUCCACCACCCACGUUUGGUUUUCCACCAAAUUUCAUAAAAGUGGAGGAUUCAGGGUCAGAAACACCAACUAGUAGUUCAGUUUCCGAUCAGCAUCAGAGUCAGAAAAAUGGAUUGGAAAAUCCUGGCUCAAUGGAAGAGUUGCAUAAAAUGUGUAAAGAUGUUUUCCCUCUUAUAUUUGAAGGUGCAAAGCUAAUCAUAAACAAGGGUUUGAGUAGCCAUUUUCGAGUUUCACAUACAAUCACCAUGAGUUCGGUAACACCAUCUGGUUACCGAUUUGGAGCAACGUAUGUUGGAACAAAGCAAAUGUCUCCAAGUGAAGCUUUUCCUGUGUUGUUGGGUGAUAUUGAUCCUAGUGGCAAUUUGAAUGCUCACAUUGUUCACCAGAUCGGACAGCGUGUUAAAGCCAAAUAUGUGACUCAAAUACAGAAUAGCAAAUUUGUAGCAGCUCAGUUUGGCACCGAGUAUAAAGGAGAUGAUUGUACUCUGUCCUUAACUGCAGAGAAUGUAGAUAUUAUCAAUGAAUCAGGUAUUUUUGUUGCACAUUACCUCCAGGCCAUUACUCCAAGUGUUGCAUUAGGGGCAGAGCUUGCUUAUCAGUAUGGCCCCAGUGUUCCUGGUAGAGAAAUCGCAAUUCUUUCAGCGGCUGCUCGAUAUUCAGGGUCGCACAGUAUUGUGAGUGGGACAUUAGGAGGUGCUGGGUUACACAUCUGCUACUAUCAGCGAGCAAGUGAGCAGCUGCAGCUGGGUGUUGAGCUUGAAACAAAUUUCAGGACACAGGAAUCUCUGGCAUCUCUAGGUUAUCAAGUUGACCUACCUAAAGCUGACCUGUGCUUUCGAGGAAUGGUUAACUCAAACGGGACAGUGGGAGCAGUCCUUGAGAAGAAACUUCAGCCAUUACCAUUUUCCUUUGAACUGAGUGGUACCCUGAAUCACAGCAAGAAUCAGUUCAGACUCGGGUGUGGCAUCACCAUUGCGUAAUUAAGUGUGAAAAGUUUAGCAAUAUUUAAAAUGUUUAUUAAAUAAAUACAAUUCUUGUCUAUAUAAUGUUCCUUUCUAUUAUUAGUUUCUAAAAGUUCAUUGUAAUUUUGUUGUGUUUCAUGUACCAAUUACAACCCUUAAAAUUUC